AUGGUUGAAAAAAAACUCGAAGCUGGCGUGACAGAAUUGGCUUUAUUGAAGCCUAAAAACGGGCGUGAGCCUCUUUUAACGUUUCAUUUUAUCAUGAAAUGUUUUCACAUCUUUGCGACUCCCCUUGUUGGAAACUUUUUUGUAUCAAAUUGGAAAUGGAAUUUACAAACUUUUCACACUUGUUUCCUUCUCCUAUGGACCAGCAUACUUUAUAGCUUGAACGCUUAUGAAUUUCGGCAUAACACUGACGAGAUGUUUCUGAGCUUGAUCUUCGAGUUGUUCAAUAUCAUGAGCAUUCAACGCUUUUACAAGUUUAUCCAACAGCGACAUCUGAUAAUGUUGUGCAACGAAGAUAUUCGUGUUUUUACGGAAAAAUGGGAAAAACGAACCGAAGGUUAUCGAAUUCUCGUUUGGUAUUACAACCUGAUCAAAACUUUAAUCAUUGGAGGCAUGGCAAUUUUCUUCACUACUGCAGUUAUCGUCGUUCUUAUGCCGAUAAUUAUUUACAUCGUUACUGGUCGAUUGCAACUCGUGUAUCAAAUGUACGUUCCUCAUCUGGAUUACACGACACAUCCGGGUUUUGAGAUCCAUAUUUUUCUCCAUUCAAUUCCAAUAUUUUUGUUUGUUGAUGCUUUGACACCCUUAGUUGGCUUCGUUUUGAUCACAAUUAUCAUGAUUUGUACAAGAAUCGAUAUCUUGUGCGGCAGAAUCCGAACCUUGAACUCCAUGAUUGAAGAAUAUAACGAUCCAGACGAAAAUUCGAAGGAAAUUACAAAACUUUUGAAGGAAAUCUUUGAGGAUCAUGAUCAUUUACUCACCUAUACAGACAAUUGCGAAGAACUUUUUUCGAUUCAACAUUUAUCGGAUCACUUUAUAGUAGCAGCUCAAAUUUGCUUGUCGCUGUAUUCGAUCAUCAAAUAUUCGUGGUAUCUUGGUUUUGCCGUAAUUGUUGUUACAACUUUUAUGCUUUUUACAAUUAAUGUGCUCGGAACCAUCAUUGAAAUUAAAUUCGAAAAAUUGUUGGAUGAUAUUUGGAAUAUUCCGUGGUAUUUGUUGGAUAUGAAGAAUAAAAGAAGUUAUUCGUAUUUUUUGGGUAAUUCGCAGAAAACUGAUCGAUUGUCAGUUGGCGGAAGAGUAUCGUUAUCGUUAAAUACAUUUGUGCAGUUAUACAAAAGAAUUUAUUCGUACUUGAUGAUUUUGUUGGAAAUGGAAAACUAA